UCUGAAAACCAAGCACAAAAUCAGAGCACCAAUCUCAAAAACCCAAAACAAAAUUUGAUUCCCAGUUGAAAAAAUCGAAAAAAAGAAGCAAAUAAGAACAGGGUCUCAUUCAUUCUUUAGAGAUUUUGCGUCAGUUUCUUUCAGAGAAACGCUUCUUUUGGUUUCGCUCAUUCAAAACGGAUGCUUCGUAGAGCUCUGGGUUUUUCAAUACAGCGCCCUCCUCAUUGUUCUUGCUUGCUUCAACUUUUAAAUCCCUAACUCAUUCCUUUGAAUCUGUUUCUUCUGUUUCUUCGAUGUUGAAUAAAUUUAUGGUCGUUUGAGUUUGUAUGAGAUGGAGGUUCUGGUUCCAACCAUUCUUCACCUACUGAUUCUUUUGGUCACUGUUCAUGCUUCCGAGCUUCGGGAAAUUGCAGAGCCUUAUAUCUCUCCAGCAGUAGCUCUUUCCCCUAAUAAUGCAUUACCACUUCUGAAUCAUUCCCCGGAAGAAGCUCCUUCCCCUCACAAGGACAUGGGACACUCUCAUGAUGCUGAACAGCCAAUUCUUCCACCACAAGAAGCUCAUGAUGUUGAACAGCCAAAUGAAGAUUGUUCGGCUACCCUAUGCACCGAUCCGUAUACAAAUACUCCCCCGGGAUCCCCCUGUGGUUGUGUUUGGCCUAUACAAGUUCGACUUCGUUUCAGUGUUCCCCUCUAUACCUUCUUCCCCCUAGUUUCAGAGCUGGCUGCUGAAAUUGCUGCUGGAGUAUAUGUUAAGCGAAGUCAAGUUCGUGUUAUUGAGGCCAAUGCAGCUUAUCAGCAACCAGAUAAGACUGUUGCCCUUAUUGACUUAGUCCCACUUGGGGAAAAAUUUGACAAUACUACAGCCUUUUUGACUUACCAAAGGUUUUGGCAUAAAAAAGUUUCUAUCAAUGCUUACUAUUUUGGGAACUAUGAAGUGUUAUACGUUCGAUAUCCAGGUUUGCCUCGAUCGCCCCCUCCUGGAGUUUCAGGGCUAGAUAAUGAGCCUCAUUUGACUAAUACUAACAAUGCGAGGACAGUAAAACCAGUCGGUGUCGAUGUGCACAACAGACAGCCAAAAGAUAGAAUUAGUGAUGGUAUGAUUGCUAUCAUCACCCUAUCAACUACUGUUGCAGUGGGCUCAUGUCUUGUUACUGCUUGGAUUUUGAUCUUUACACACAAUGAUGCAAAACCAAAUCCACAUGUUUCGUUAUCCGCCCUCAAUAAGCCAUCAGGUGCUGGUGGAUCAGUUAUGGCAACCAUGCCUAGUUCUUCCUCUUUAUCCUUUGGAUAUAGCAUUGCUUCAUAUUCAGGAUCAGCCAAGAUCUUCAGUGCCUCUGACAUAGAGAGAACCACAAAUAAUUUUGAUCCUUCAAGAAUACUGGGGGAGGGUGGGUUUGGACGUGUUUACAGUGGCACGCUCGAAGAUGGUAUCGAAGUAGCAAUCAAAGUUCUCAAGAGAGAUGAUCAUCAGGGCGGUCGAGAAUUCUUGGCUGAAGUUGAAAUGCUUAGCCGCCUCCACCACAGAAAUUUGGUCAAGUUGAUUGGAAUAUGUACUGAGGAGCAUAACUGUUCCUUGGUGUAUGAACUUGUUCCAAAUGGCAGUGUUGAAUCUCAUUUACAUGGUAUAGAUAAGGAAACUGGCCUACUUGAUUGGGGUGCCAGGAUGAAGAUAGCGCUGGGCGCUGCUCGGGGUUUAUCCUAUCUACAUGAGGAUUCGAGUCCUAGAGUCAUACAUCGAGAUUUCAAAUCGAGUAAUAUCUUACUAGAACAUGAUUUUACACCAAAAGUUUCCGACUUCGGGUUGGCUCGAACUGCAACAGAUGAGGAAAGCAGACACAUAACUACACAUGUCAUGGGAACUUUCGGGUAUGUGGCUCCAGAGUAUGCGAUGACUGGCCAUCUACUUGUGAAGAGUGAUGUUUAUAGUUACGGAGUUGUUCUACUUGAACUAUUAACAGGUAGGAAACCAAUUGAUAUGUCUCAACCACCCGGUGAAGAAAAUCUUGUUGCUUGGGCUCGUCCACUCCUCACCAGCAAAGAAGGUCUAGAUGUUAUAAUUGAUAAAUCACUAGAUUCCAAUGUUCCUUUUGAAAACAUUGCCAAAGUUGCAGCCAUUGCUUCAAUGUGUGUGCAACCAGAGGUGUCACACCGACCUUUCAUGAGUGAGGUCGUUCAAGCAUUGAAACUAGUUUGCAACCAAUGUGAUGAGGUUCGAGAAACAAGCUCACAAACUAAUUCGAGCUCAAAGAACUCAUCUGUGGAUAUGAAUGAUGAAGCUUCGAGUUCAAAACUCGUGCUAGACUCUUUUCAUAGCGAAUAUUUAGUACCUAACGCAAUUUCAGGUCUUGAUGGUAUCGAUACACGUCUCUCGAUUUCAGACUUGUUAAAUACUUCCAUUGAUAUGGGAAUGCAAGAAUCAAGAUCACUCAGAAGAUGCUUCAGUUCCGCUCCUCUUAGAAUCGAGAAAAGCAAAAGAAACUUUUGGCAAAGAAUGAGAAGUAGCAUGAGUGAACAUGGAAUGCUUAGAUUAUCUCAUACUCUCUAAACAUGAACACAUACUAAUUAGGACUAACUGGCUUCCUG